CAAUGGAGGUCGUUCACACGCGUACAGACUCUUAAAGUUUGCAUGUGAUAAUGUGGUCAACGACGUGUUGCUGAACACAACAGCUGUAUGCCAGCACUGUGGAUGGCAGAACGAGUUGCAAGCUUCAACAGUUUAUAGCUUGCAAAUGAUAACGAGUCAUCUCUCCUUAUGAUCCAGCAACGUGUCUCAGUUCGCAACACUGUGCAAGAAAAUUCAAGGUGCACGGGCUUAUUUCCACAUAAGCAGCGUGGAAUUGGUAUCCAGUGGAACUUUAAAGUUCGAACGUGGUUGCAUACUUACGUUUUUGGCUCAGACUUCCCGAUGAACAUUAUUAUAUAAAUUCAAUCAUGGUACCCACAUGUGUUUCAGAGGCGAGCUUCCCAUUCACAUUCCAUAACGCAGUGAACAAUGGAUUACGAAAAACAAGCUGUCAUCAGGGAAAGAGAGGACAGCCUUGAUACUGGAUCGGAUUCUUUCUUACAAGACAACACCGCUGUCGAGACCAACGAUGCCAUUCUUGCAAAGAAGAUCCAUCUGAUAAACAAUGCCAUUGAUGAAAUGGGAUUCACAUGGUAUCAUGCAAAGCUCUUUUGUAUUGCAGGAUUUGGAUAUUCUGUUGACUGCCAAAUGGAAAUGAUCCAGUCUGCUGUUAGAACCUACGUCGGUUAUCAAAUGGGAGUGAAUGGGUUCCCAAUUGCCAACGAGAUUUUCUCCGCUGGUAUGAUCUGCGGUUGUGUAUUCUUUGGCUUCGGUUGUGACAUCAUUGGACGAAAGAUCGUUUUCAAUUCUUCCAUUCUCCUGACUUCGAUCUUUGGUUUCUUUGCAGGAGGUAUGAGCAGCUAUGCCACCUACUGUAUCUUUAUGUUCUUAUCUGCAUUUGCAUCUGGUGGUAACACUGCUAUUGACGUAUCAGUGUUUAUGGAGUUUGUUCCUUCGAAAUACCAAUACCUCAAUACAAUGCUUGCCCUGUUCUGGGGUGUUGGACAGACCAUCUCUGCGUUGAUCUCGUGGGCAUUCAUCCCGAACUUUUCAUGCGAGGGUCCUGAAAACUGUCCUUCUCAUCUCAACAGAGGUUGGAGAUACUGCUGGUAUGUCAACUCUGCAAUUUGUUUCUUGGCCGCUCUCAUUCGGAUUUUCGUCAUGAAGUUAGACGAAACUCCCAAAUUCCUAGUUGCCACGGAUCGAGAUGCCGAUGCAAUCAGGGUCCUGGAGAAGAUCGCUGUGAAGUAUAACCGUCCACUUUCUCUGACACUGGAAGAUUUGGAAUCAUGUGGCACCAUUAAUAAGGACUUCUUCGACUCUAAUAAGGAUGGUUACAGCAUCAGAGCUCUGAUGAGCGCUGUGAAAGUCAACCUCAGACUUUUAUUCCAAUCGAGAGUCAUGAUUAGAUCCACUCUUUUGGUUUUCUUGUCAUGGGGCUUCAUCGGUAUCUCAUACUCAACUUUUUACUACUUCCUCUACGUAUUCAUUGCUGCCCGUGGUGGUGAUACCGGCUCAUCCCCAUACUACGUUUACAGAAAUGCCACUAUCGCAAACUUUGUCGGCAUUUUUGGACCUAUACUUGCAGGGCUUUUGAUCAUGACAAGAUUUAACGUAUUUAACCGUGAAUUUUGUUUGAAGAGAAAGGGAACAAUGAUCUUUGGUGCCCUUGCAUCUAUGGCAAUCUUGUUUGGGUACACUACUGUUAGAACUCCAAACGCGGAUGCUGGGUUUGGUGCUGCCACCUACUUCUUUGUGAACAUUUACUAUGGAACUUUGUACGCAUAUACUCCAGAAGUGUUCCCAACGAAGGCAAGAGGCACCGGUGUUGGCUUCUCCAUGCUUAUCUGCAGAAUAUUCGGUGCAUUUGCUCCAGUUAUCAACUACUUUGGAGGGAAAACUGGGACCUCGGUUCCUAUUUGGGUUUGCGGCGGACUUAUUGGUUGUCUUUCAAUCCUUACAGCACUGAUGCCAUUUGAACCUUCGCUUCAAAGAUCAGUUUGAAGAAUAAAUAACUUAGGAUAUGUACU